AUGAGCGUUGGCGACGAUUACUUUGGCCCGCAGGUGCGCGGCUACUUUGACUUCACCGUCUUAUUCGAGCAGAGCAUCCUCUCCAUCCUGCCUUCCGCCCUCUUCAUCCUCCUCGCUCCGAUCCGAAUAACCUCACUCUUACGAAGUGAAACCCGCGUCCGCUCAGGAAAGCUGUUAUGGCUAAAACUGUCAACCAUAACUGUAUUUCUUUGCCUCCAAAUAGUCCUCAUCAUAUUAUGGGCCCUCCCAUCCACACCACGCACAAAGGCCUCUGCAGCAGAAAGCGCCCUCGGUCUGAUCGAGGCCAUCGCCAUUGGCGCCCUGUCCUAUGCGGAACACAAGCGCUCCAUUAGGCCCUCGUUGCUCCUCGGCGGGUACCUCGUCCUGACCAUCAUCCUCGACGCCGCGCAGGCCAGGACGUUAUGGAUCAGGAACGGCCUCACGCCCGUCGCCGGCGUCUUUACGGCCUCGCUCGCGGUCAAGGCCAUCAUGCUCGUCCUGGAAGAGACGCCGAAGCGCGCACACCUACCGGACGGCGAGAAGGACGUCGCCGUGGAGUGCACGACCGGCGUCGUGAGCCGGAGCCUUUUCUGGUGGCUAAAUAGCUUGUUCUUCCAGGGCUUCAGGCUUCUGAUCGGGUUGGAGGACCUGGGGCCCAUUGACCCCAAGUUUGACUCGUCACUCCUCCUCGACAGACUCGACCGGGUGUGGUCCAGGGCCGAGAAGCGCAGCAAAUGGAGCCUCAUCAGAAGCGUGUUCUGGGCAUACAGGACUACCUUUCUUGCGGCUGUGCUCCCUCGAAUCCUGUUUGCGGGCUUCAUCUUUUCACAACCGUUCCUCGUCAACCAGAUUGUAAACUUUGUCGGGAGCCCCUGGACGCAAGACUCGAAGAACGUCGCCGGCGGCCUCGUCGGCGCGACGGCGUUGAUAUACUGUGGAGUCGCUAUUUCAAGAUGUUGGUAUCAACACAUGACGUUCCAGCUCGUAACGCUCUUCCGCGGCGGCCUCGUCUCCCUCAUCUUCAAAAAGACCCUCAGCCUCGACGCCUCGGCGAUUAAGGAUUCGGCGCCGGUGACGCUCAUGAGCGUCGACAUUGAAAACAUUGCCGUGUCCAUGACCUUUAUCCACGACGUCUGGGCCGCGGCCAUUGAACUCCCGGUGGGGGUUUAUCUGUUGUACCGGCAAGUCGGGCCCCCUUGUUUUCUCCUGCUCAUCCCGGGCCUGGUCUGUACUGCUCUCACGACAAAACUCUCCACGCGCAUGGCACCGGCACGUGUCGCCUGGAACCAAGGCGUGCAGGAACGCGUCUCCAUCACCUCGUCCAUGCUCACGCAGAUCAAGGGCAUCAAGAUGAUGGGCCUGACGGAACACUUCUCCGGCAUCAUCCAGAAGCUGCGCAUCACGGAGCUGAAGCUCUCCACCAAAUUCAGAGUCCUAAUCACCAUCCUCAGCGUAAUUGCCGGAAUCGCCGAUCAACUCACCCCGAUCGUCAUCAUCGCCGCCGCCGUCUUCUGGACCAAGGCGGAGCAAGGGCUCACAAUCGCCGAGGCGUUCACGGCUCUGUCCAUCAUCGUGCUGGUCUCGCACCCUCUUAUCAAGCUUAUCUCUUCCAUCAUGCAGCUCAUGGGCGCCUUUGGCUGCUUCACGCGAAUCCAAGAGUUUCUUCUUUUGGAUGAGAUUAUCGACCAGCGGCAGAUCAUCACGAGCUCUUCUCAACCCUCACUGGACUCUACCCGUCCGCUACCCAGCCUCCACGGCUCCGAUCCGCAGCCCCUGACGCCGCAGGUGGCUGAAACGGCGAAAAUCAAGGAGAUCGAGCUCGAGUCUUUGAAGAGGACAGACCGACCCUUCUCCAUCGCCUCAGACGAUACCAACAAGCCCGUAGUCGUCAUAAGCGAUGCGACACUGGUCCUGAAAGACGGUACCGAUAUUCUCAAGCACGUGUCCCUCACCCUCCGGCAAGCUACCGUCUCGAUGCUGGUCGGGCGCGUGGGAUGCGGAAAGUCCUCGCUUCUGAAAGCCAUCCUAGGAGAAACCGGCAUCUCCACCGGCAGCAUCACGCUGCACACCUCGUCCGUCGCCUUUUGCGACCAAUCCGCCUGGCUGCGCAAUAUCACCGUCAAGGAAAACAUCGUCGGCCAGGCACCCUACGAUCCGGCCUGGUUCUCGGCCGUCGUGCGCGCCUGCACGCUCGAGGAGGACAUUGCGAUGUUUCCCGAGGCUGAAGACACGAUUGUCGGCACGAGUGGUGUGGCGCUCAGCGGCGGUCAGAAGCAGAGAGUGGCUUUGGCUCGCGCCGUCUACUCGCGCAGGAAACUGCUUCUCCUCGACGAUGUUUUUAGCGGUCUUGAUAAUUCGACUUCCAAGGCUGUCUUCCGGCGUCUGCUAGGGCCGGAUGGGCUCCUACGGCAAGCCGGUGUGACUGUUUUCCUCGCAACCAACCAUGUCAACUUCCUCCACUCGGCCGACUGUAUUACCAUGAUUCAAGAUCACACCAUCCUCUAUAACCAAAUCUCCUUCGACUCCGUCCCGCGCUCCGCCUGGGGCCACCUCGCUAAGGAAGAAGCCAGCGGCAAAGACCAAAAAGAGGACGUCGAAAGGGCCGAAGACCUCACCAAAGAAGUAAAGCCCGCCAGGACAGAUCGACCCGUCGCCGUCGCCGCUCCCGGGACCACGGAAGCCGAGCUGACGAGGCAGACGGGGGACACGGAGUGCUACCGAAUGUACUGCAACUCCAUCGGGUGGCCCAUCUUGAUCGUGUUUCUGAUUCUGAACAUCACGUUUGUUGCUUGUACAAAGAUGCCUCAAAUCUGGUUAAGAAUCUGGACUGAACAUGGCACAAAUGAUCGGCCGGCUAUGCACUUUGGCAUCUACCUCUUGUUCGGUCUUCUAUGCAUUGUCUUCAACGGCGUAGCUCUCAGUUUCUGGAUGCUCCUCGCCAUCCCCCGAUCGGCGAAUCAUCUCCACCAAACUCUCCUCAAAGCAGUUCUCGCCGCGCCCCUCUACUUCUUCACAACCACAGACAGCGGCGUCACCCUCAACCGCUUCAGUCAAGACAUGGCCCUCAUCGACCACCGCCUCCCCAUGUCCGCCUGGGCCACGAUCCACAGCUUCCUCACCGUCCUCGCCGAGACCGCCAUCAUCGCCACAGGAAGCUCCUACAUCGCCGCCCUCAUCCCGCCCUCCCUUCUCGCCCUCUACCUCCUGCAAAAGUACUACCUCCGCACCUCCCGCCAGCUCCGCCACAUCGACCUCGAGGCCAAAUCCCCGCUCUUUACGCACUUCUCCGAGGUCCUGGCGGGGCUCCCGACCCUCCGCGCCUUCUCGUGGGCCACCGCGAUGCUCGGGCAGAGCCACGCGCUGCUCGACGCCUCGCAGCGGCCGUAUUACCUCUUCUUCUGCGUCCAGCGCUGGCUCAACGUCGUGCUCGACCUCUUCAUCGCCGGCAUGGCGGUCGUCCUCGUGGCGUUUGCGCUGUACUUUACCAAUGCCACGACCAAGGGCGCCAUUGGCCUCGCCAUGGUGAAUAUCAUCAACUUUAACCAGACCCUGGGCGACUUUAUCGAAAUGUGGACAAUGUUGGAGACGAGUCUCGGCGCGAUUGCGCGGUUGAAGUAUUUUGUGCGGUAUACCCCGCGCGAGGACCGUGAUGGCGAGACGGACGAGCCGCCUCCGGCAUGGCCUCCAAGUGGAAAGAUUGAGAUGGAGAACGUGACGGCUGCUUACAGGCAAACGGAUCCCGUCCUAAGGAACGUAUCCCUGACGAUCGAACCGGGUAAAAAGGUCGGCAUAUGCGGCCGCUCCGGCUCCGGCAAAUCAUCCCUACUCCUCACGCUACUCCGUCUCCUCGAUAUCAACCCCGGAGAAGAAGAAGGAGGAGGAGGAGGAGACGUCAAAAUCGCCUCCCAUUCCCUCCUGACUCUCCCCCGCUCCGCGAUCCGCACGUCCCUCACGACACUCCCGCAAGACCCCGUCCUCUUGCCCGGCACCGUCCGCGAGAACCUCGAUCCCGGGGGCCAUACCCCCGACGCGGACCUGAUUUCCGCUCUGCGCAAGAUGGCGGUGUGGGAGCCCGUGGAAUCGCGGGGCGGUCUCGACGCGGACAUGUCUGCGACGGGGCUGAGUGCCGGACAGAAGCAGCUGUUUUGCCUCGCGAGGGCGCUGUUGGGGAAACAGCGGCGGCGGGGAGGGGGUAUUGUUUUGCUUGACGAGGCGACGAGUAAUGUUGACCACGCUACUGAUGAGGAGGUGAGGAAGGUCUUGGCGGAGGAGUUUAAAGGGGAGGGCGUCACUGUGGUCGAGGUUGCGCAUCGGUUGGAGGCGAUUGUGGGGUAUGAUGUCAUUGUCGUCAUGCAUGAGGGUCGAGUGGUGGAGGUCGGCAAGCCGCAGGAGUUGAUGGGUCGGUCGUCGCGGUUUCGGAGUCUUUGGGAUAGUCGAGGGGCCUAA